AUGUCGAUCGACAGCACUCUCUUGGAGGACGCAAGUUCGUCGCAUAGAAUUUACAUUGGCGACUCGAUCGGCUGUCUUCGUGUUGCUCAGUGCGACCCUCCGUCGGCGCUACCCAAAGAUUAUGCGGGUCCAUCCGUGAAACCGCUGAUCUUGCCCAACUUCAAGUCGCACUCUGACCAUGCGGUUCAGCGCAUUGCGUCUGGCGUUCUCGGCUCUGACGUUUAUGUGGUCGCUCUUGCGCGCAAGAACGCUACGAUCGAUGUUGUCCACAUUGCCAAUCAAUCCCUGCCAUCUACCAGCACUGCUCCCGCUCCAGUGUCGGAGCUGCGCGCCAACAUCAUCUGCACCAUUCAAGAGCCGCUUAUGAAGGCUGGCAUCCAUCGCUUCGUCGGGCUUGCAUUGUCGAAGCACGGAGUGUUCACUAUCACUUCGUCAGGCGUCUUGCGCUAUACUCCCAUUGCCGUCACAGCCGACCACACGCCACCUGUCAUCGAGGUCCGCGAAGCCAAGGUUCUCGAUCAUCUCCCAUCACCAUUACAGCACGCCAGCUUCUACCCUGCUUUCGACCCCACCCACUUUUGCUAUGGCGGAGAAGACAUCCCUCUCUCGCUAUGGCACAUCCCAACCGCUCUUUCCGAGCAACCCACCGACUCAGUAGCCGAUAUGAGUGUGGAAUCAUUCAAGACAGAAGACGUUUCGGAGCUUAACAGCAAGCAGAGGAAACGCAAGCGUCAGCUUGAGGCCAAAUCCAAAGCACGCGAGCUGCUGUGGGGCGAAGUAUGGCGGGCCAAAAACUUGGCCAAUGAUAACCUGUCUCUGCCGCGACGCGCCAACAUCACAUGCACCUGCAUUCUGAAUCUCAGAGACAGCACCGCACAAGAUGGCGAGACAGGCGCCGUGGACGAAACGACGUUCAUUGCUGUUGGCACCAAGGAUGGGUUGGUGCGGGUCUUUCAGCCGGGUGCAGGCAGUCGCAGACACAUUCGCGAGAUGCGCGUGAUAGCUACGGGACAAGGGGCGGUCAAGACGCUCUGUGCAUCCUCUGCUGCGCUAGAUGGUCGACGAGGAGGAUUGCUGUUCGUUGGCGAUACAGGGUGUAAAGUGUAUGCUGUGGAUUGGCAGUCGGGCAAAGUGGUGUACGGAUACAAGGAUGGUCAGGUCGGUGCAACACUUUGCAUGGUUCUUCUACCUGGAAGCGUCAAGUGCAGCAACAACGAGCCAGAGGCACUAGUCACAGUAUCGUCGGAUAGCCUCGUCCGAUUGCAAUCGACGGUGCCUGCUGCGCUCGCAGUGCCCAAAGCCGGUGCGUCGGCGGAAAAGGGAGAGGUAUUGUGGACAAAGAUGAUCGCACCAUCGACAAGUCACAGUGUACAUGCGACUCCCACCGCAGUGGUGUGGGAUGGCGUUCUGCCGCCUGCACUGAACAAGCGCACAGUUAACAGUCGUGAGAACACGCCAGAGGACGACGACGACGAGCAAGACGAGGUUUGGGCUAGCAUGCAAGCUGUCGGGGAGAAACGUCACAACGGUCGCAACGCUCGCAAGAACGCGAAACCAAAUGGCAAUGUGCAAGACGAUCAUGUCGACAACGACGAUACGGAAGAGGAGGACGACACGGACCAAGAGCAUGGCGCUGAUCCAGAGGCCCGAUCAGCCCAGAUCGAGGUAGGCAAGGAACAAGUGAAACGUCGCGCAACUCAUCCAGCACAGCCCAAGAGGAGUCGCAACUAG